AAUUAUAAAAUUAUAAAAAGAAUUGUUAUUAGUAUAAAUAAAAGUGCGAAAAUAAACUUUACAUAAGAAAUUUAAAUUGUCUGCAAAAUAUAAUGUAUGGCGAAUGGGUUUCUCUAUCGGCACAAAUAUCAGCGAAUAGCUGUGGUGCUCAAAGCUAUAGUGUUCUAAAUAAAUUCCCCGCUAGCGCUGGUCGUGAAGUUGCUGUAUCUGUGGUCAAACAAUUGGCCACAAACUUGGGUAUUACUCAGAAUGCUGAACCGAGUCAUUUAGUUAAAGAUGAAGAGGUUAAUUGGUGUAUGGAUGUUAUUUGCUUCGGUCUAUCAUUGCCGCUGCAAGAACAUGAAACUAUUAAGGAUUGUGUGAAUGUGUAUUGUGAAUGGAUGACCGCACUGCAUCCUCAACCUAAAAUAAGUGUACCCAAACCAAUAUGUGAAGAUGCCAAUAUGUAUUGUCGCAAAAUAAUUAAUCAUUUUCAUAAUCUCUUCGUACCAAGGCAUGGUGAAAGUAUUGAUACGAUUAAUCGCCAGGCAGUUUUAUGUCAUCGUGUUUUACGCACUCUACAACAGACAGCACAAAUUUCUCAAACUAUGGAUCGUGAAACUUGGGAAUCUUUGUUAUUAUUUCUUUUGGCUAUAAAUGAGACUUUGCUGGCACCUCCCACCAUCAAAGAUGAUGUAGGUGAUCAAUUGUGCGAAAGAGUUUUACAGGUGCUCUUUGAAGUCUGGCUUUUGGCUUGCGUCAGAUGUUUUCCCUCGCCUUCAUUAUGGAAAACUUUACAAGAAUCUUGUGCUAUGUGGCGUCAUCGUGUAGCUUUAGUAGAUCAAUGGAAUCGUGUUAAUUUGGCCUUAACAGCCAGACUGUUGGAAUUUACUUAUGGUCCCGCAUUUCCCGAGCUAAAAAUAUCUGAAGAAGAUGCUCAACUUAUACCAGCUGGCAUGUCUAAUGAUUGUGUUGCCCAAACUUGGUAUAGGUUUUUGCGUACUAUUGGCAAUCCAACAGCUUUAUGUUCACCACAUAUUAUCAGUAAAUCUUCACAUUUUGUUCAAUGGGCUUUAACUCAUGAUAAGGGAGCAGAAACUUAUCAACAUCCUUGUCUACAAGCACUGCCCUUAAUAUUUUUAAAAGCUAUUAAGGGUAUUUCUAGUCAAGUUGAUGCAUUUUUAGGUAUUUUUGUACCACCUGUACGUUCAGCUGAAGAUGGUAUUACCAAUUUAAUGGACAUACGUUUAGCCCUAAAUGAGGCCACCAACAAUGGUGCAGCCGCAACCAUUUCAGCAUCAACACAUCAGCAUCAUCACCACCAUAGUUUUUUUCACCAUCAUGGAAGUAUUAGUAUACACAUGAAUAAUAGUAAUAUAGUAAAUAAUAAUAGUAAUAAUAAUAGUCAAACGACUAUGCAACACAACCAAUCGGCACAACAUUCCCAUAUUCAUAAUUUCAUAAGUGGCUCGGCUAGUUCAGCAUUUAAUGCUAUAAUGGGACAUCACCAUCAUCAUGGUAGCAGUGGUGUUGCAACUGGCUCCACCGCUAAUGUACCAUCCCCAUCGACGACGAGUGUUAUUGUUGGAAAUACUUCUUCGACUGGCGCAACUGCAGCAAGUGGUAGUCAAUCUGCUGGUGUUUUAGGUUCUAUAUCGUUUGGUCUACCAUCAGCAAGUGCUGGACAAGAUCAACAGCCGCCACAUAAUUUACCACAUUCUCCUACGCCACCAUUGCAAAGACGCUUGGCAAAAAGUUUUAGUGUUGCGCCAAAUUUAACACAACAAAAGGGACUUAGUAAAUCCGCUCUAAUUGGUUUGACCAGUUCUCGGUCAUCUACAUCAGCUGCUCCAGCACCUUUAACACCUACAUCAGGACCACCCUCUAGCAGUAGCUUGGGUUCUUUACCCUCUUUGGGCUUAGAACAACGUCCCCCUUUAGCUGCUGCCAGACCUAAAUGCAACAGUAUUUUGCAUUUAUUUGGUGAAUGGUUAUUUGAAGCUGCUCAUAUUGGCGGCGAUGCUUGGUUAAUAAAUACUAAAAAACAAGCUUCAGAGGCCAGUAAACGUCCUUCUUCUAUGAUUAUGGAGAAUCGUAAAGGUAGCAUAUCUUUAUCGCAACCAAACUCUUUAAAUGAUCCUUCAAGUUUGCCACCAACUUUAACAAUUGAUAAAUAUGAAUCGGGACGCGCUGAAGCUAUUGGUACUUUGUGUAAAAUAUUCUGUGCCAAAAAGACAGGCGAAGAAAUUUUACCCGUUUAUUUGGCUCGUUUUUAUAUGGCUCUACAGCAAUGUUUGAAAAUUACCGAAAAUAAGGAAUGUGAUGAAACUUUAGCCAGUAUCUUACUAAAUUCGGCAGAUCUAUUUCGUUUAGAUUUAGAUGGCAUACAUGUUUUGUUGCCAUCUUUUAUAGCGGCUUUGGAAAUUGUUUUACCAGCUAAGGAUUUGAAAAUUAAAACUCAAGCUAUGCAAUUUAAUAAAACUGAACUCAGAAGAUCUGCUAUACAAAUUUUAUUAUCGAUUUUAACCUUACCUUUACAUUUUCAAACAUUACCCAUAAGGGAUCUUACAAAUGAGUCUUCAGAAAAAGUUGUAACUUUUAUCCAACUAAAGCCUAGAUUGAUUAACAUUCUUAUGAAUGCUCUGCAAGUAGAGACUGAUGCUCAAAAUACUCACAUGUUAUUAGGUGGCCUUUUGCUGACAGUGCAAGAUGCUGUUACCUUUGAGGAUACCGAGGCCGAUCAUAAUUUACAUCAUGGUUCACCUUCUCCUGGCCAGGGAAAUACCGAAACUAAUGUUUUAAGUUCAGCUUGUUCAGAGCGUUCCGCUUCAAUAGCUAGUGUUGGUAAUAGUAGCUUAGGUGCUCAUAGUACCGUCACUAUUGGCAAUUCAGUAGCUGCUGGUAGUUCAACUGCAGCCGAUUCAUAUCAUGGUUCGGCAACAUUAAAUGCCCGUGAUAAUACAUCACAGCAUGAAUAUCCCAGUUUAACACUAUUCGAUGAUUUACCACUGGAAGUUUUACAUGAAUAUGAAACAGCUACUGGUUAUGAUAAUGCUCAUGCUCUAUUUGUCCAUGCCACCUAUUUGGUGUGCCAUCGUUUGAUUUCAUCUUGGCGUACUGACUUAAAUGUUUCAUUGGCCGCUUUGGAAUUGCUUUCGGGAUUGGCUCGUUUGUUUAUUAGAGACUCGGAAAACUUAGUAAAAAUUGAAGAACCAAGUCAAAAUCUUACGAUAAUUUCCACAGACGCCUUGGAAUGUAAGCGUGCAGUUAAAUGGAUUUGCGAUUACAUCUGUUAUCAAUGCUCUCGUCCACCGCCGGCUCAUAGCAAAGAUCUUCACAGCACCAUAGUAGCAGCUUUUCAAUGUACUUCUGCUUGGCUAAUGCAACAUCCGUAUCUACUGCAGGACAAGGAUUGCCUGCAAACUGUUUUAGAAGUGGUCGAAUUGGGCAUUUCGGGUACCAAAAGUAUUGGAAAAUCCGGUGAUAUACCCAAGUUUAAGGAUGAAAAGGAAUUGAAACCGGCCUCCAUGCGUGUCCGUGAUGCAGCCGAAGCUUUGUUGACUAUUAUCUUGGAACAAGUUGGUUAUUUUCCCAGUGAAUGCGGUCCAGAAUCAAUUUCUUCGCUUUUAGAUGAAGUGGCUUUAAUGAAACACUGUAACUCUUUGGAUUCCACAAAUAGUUCUUCGAUCACUACGGAACAGGCCAUUUCGAAGUUUAAAUAUUUUGUCACGGAAAAUUCUACAAUACUGGCAUUGUUAGAGGAACCUUUGGGUAACGAUCAAGAUCCACAGCCCACUGUAACAUUACUUAUACGCGGCCCUUUUGGACGUCACGCCUGGACAAUGCAGUUGCGCCACUUGCCGCGCAGUAAAUCUGGAACUAAAUAUCAUGCUGUCAAUCCCGGACGUCCCAUACCCAUGAAUGAGGUACCACAGCGUAUAGAAUUUGAUCAGAAACAUUUUCCCGAAGGAGUAGAAAAAGUUACACCCUGUGUAGCGGAUUUCUCUAUACCUACCUUCGAGCAGAUACGUGAACAGUAUGGCCAAGACAACAUAAAACAAUUGGAAACUAUGCUGGAAAAUCAAACUAUUCAAGAAAAAUUGGCCUGGGCAGAAACUGAUAAUAGUUCAGAUUCUUUAUCACAUGCACAGGAAAGUUGUCCACCUUCAGUGUGUCAUGAAUUUCAAGCUGCUCGAUUGUUUUUAUCACAUUUUGGUUUUCUAACUUUUGAGGAGAGAAAUCCAAAUAGUCCGGCUGAAACAUUGGGAGCACCUCCACAAAGACCCUUAAUUGUUUUGGAUACGAAACGUACCAACUUUGCUGCUGAGUUGAAUGCUUUGGAUAAAUUAAGUGCCAGGACUUAUGACACUGUUCAUGUGUUUUAUGUUAAAUCGGGACAAACAACAGCUGAGGAAAUAGUGGGUAAUAUGAAUGAUGAAAAUAUACGCACACUGGAUCCACAUUUUGGCAAUAUGUUAUUGACAUUGGGUUGGCCUGUUGACAUUGCCGAGCAUUCUGGCUGGUCUGGUUUAGUUUCCACUUCCUGGUCCUUAAAGACUACCACACAAAAGUCUGAAGAUAAACCCCCGAAUAGAUCUCAACCACUGGAUAUGAAAUUUAAUGGUGAAUCUAAAGUAUUAUAUUGGGCUGAUGUGGCUUCCGAAAUAGCAUUUGUAGUGCCCACAGAGUGGAAUUUACAUUCCGAUACCGACGGUUGUUGUAUCUCUUCGAAUUCCACAGAUCAAUCGACAAAUGUUUGGUCACGUAGCACUGAAACGAACUCAACUGUAGGUGAAGCAAAUAAAAAUGCUCCACAGAGAUCAAGAAAUAUGUCACUGGAAUUGGAUAAAUCUAAAGAUCCUGUUCCACCGACUAGGCGUAAGGCUAAUGCUAUGAAACCUUCUUUGUUAGCUCAACCACCAGCUAAGAUCUAUUUAGUUUGGUUGGAAUCCUUUGAAGAUCUUUUGAAUUUUCCAAUAGAGGAUUUAUUGCCUUAUACAAAAACGGGAGAAGAAGCUAAUAUUUUACAAAUACCCCGAGCAUGUGAUGUUCAUGUCAUUUUCAUACACGCUUUGCAGUCUGGACUCUUAAGAGUUAAGUUGCAAGGUCCACCAGGUCGUAUGAGUUUUGCCACACCUUUAGUCGAUGGCAUGGUAUUAAGCCGUCGAGUCGUGGGUAAUCUUGUGAGACAAACUGCUCAUAAUAUGGCUAAAAGAAGACGUUUAGACAACGAAGGUUUUCAACCACCUCAUGUUAGACGUCGCCUUAAAGUACAGGAUAUUGUACAAAAAUAUAAAAUGGAUUUGUCUGAGCCUGAACUGUUGGCUCAUCUUUUUAAAUCUUCAUUUUAAUUACACAGUAUUUCUCGAAUUAUUUUCAUUCGUAUUUUAUUGAAAAUUAUUUAUGCAUGAGCACAAAACAAUAUUUAUGUACUUUUAAAGUAUAGUUUGUAAUUGUUUUCUAUUUCUAUCUACUUAUAGUAAUUUAUUAUUUUCACUUGGUUAUGGGUCGUGUUUUACUUAUUAUUAUCUAAUUAUUAAUUCUCUGUUAAACUCCAAUACUAAUUUUAGUAUUUUAUUUAGCUGCUAAGUAAUAUAUUUCAUACAAAUAUCGCAUUUUCUUUUACUUAAAUAUAGAAUAAAAAGUAUUUAUUUUUUCAUAACAUAUUAA